CGAACAAUAGCGAAUUCACUAGACUGGUAUUUGGAGUAGCCCCUUUAUGCCAAAGCUCCUCGGACGAUUACAUUUGCUUUAUGACCCCAGUCAGAAGGAAUCGCCAGCCCAAACUUCCCAGCUCCCCCGCCGACGCUAAGCUCGUACCUCAACGCUUCCACCCCAGGUCCCCUCACUAGGAAGAGGUUGGACCACUAUGGACCAUAGCGACUUUGAUAGUGUCUCUUGGAAGAAUGGCCCCGACAGCGAUUUAUCAAGGCCAACAACUUCCGGAACUGAUGUGGAGGAACCAGAGAGGUCAGGCUAUGAUGUAAAUGGAAAGCGGAGGAUGAGCUCCGCCGGAGAGGAGGGCCCGCAGCUUUCCCCACACCCUGGUGGCGAGCUUGCGGGAAUUGGAGAUGGAAUACUUGAAUGCAGAGUAGAUUCACCGUUGAAGGAAAACAGUGGCACGAAAGAUGUCUAUAUAUCUUAUCUCAUCACCACCCAUACCGACUUCAAAUCGUUCCAAAGACCCGAUUUCACUGUCCGUCGUCGCUACUCGGAUUUCAAUUUCUUGUAUAACACACUAUUCCGUGAUUACCCAGCCUGUGCUGUCCCUCCGCUACCAGACAAGCAUAAGAUGGAAUACGUGCGUGGGGAUCGUUUUGGAUCUGAUUUCACCAACCGUCGCGCUUGGUCCCUUCACCGGUUCCUCAAGCGGCUAUCUCUCCAUCCUGUCCUCCGCCGUGCUCCCAUUCUCGUUGUAUUCCUCGAAUCCGCAGAUUGGAACGCGCAUAUGCGCCUUCGCCCAUCACGUACCUCCACCAGCACCUCUGAUGGCGGCAACGGGCCAACAGGUAUUUUUGACAAUUUUGCAGACACUUUUGUCAACGCUUUCACGAAGGUACACAAACCAGACAAACGGUUCAUCGAGGUGCGGGAGAAAGCGGACAAAUUAGAUGAAGACUUGAAUCAUGUUGAGAAGAUAGUGGCAAGGGUAGCUAGACGAGAGUCUGAUCUAGAAACCGACUACAACGAACUAGCCACACAAUUCCGCAAGCUGGUCUUGCUCGAGCCAGAUGUCGAAGCACCGUUGCAAAUCUUUGCUGCCUCAGUAGAAGAGACCGCUCGAGGUAUAAAGGACCUCAAAGACCACACAGACCAAAACUACCUGGGAAGCCUACGGGACAUGGAAGCGUAUAUCCUCUCCCUUAAAUCCCUGUUAAAAACCCGCGAACAAAAACAGCUAGACUUUGAAGCGCUUGUCGACUACCGGAACAAAGCCGUUUUCGACCGUGAUUCUUUAGCCAACAACCCGGCCUCGUACUACUCUCCCAACCCACUUACCAGCAACCCAGCCUCCUUCAUCCGCUCUAAAAUGGAAGACAUGCGCGGCGUCGACCACGAACAAUCUCGUCGCGAGCGCAUCCGCAAGCUCGAAUUACGCAUCGACGAACUAACUCGAGAAGUUGAAAGUUCCAAAACCACGUCUGAAAUGUUCGAUGAGGAGGUCGUCAGGGAAGUGGCGGAUUUUGAACGCAUUAAGGCCGUGGAGUUCCGUGAUACAUUAGGGGCGCUGGCAGAGAAACAUGUGGAAUUUUAUCAGGGGGUGCUAGCGACGUGGGAACGGUUUAUUGUUGAGAUGGAAGCGGAGGGGGAGGAGAGUCAAGGCCACGAUCAGCAUGGGAAGGAAGUGAAGGGGCUUGUUGGGGUGGGCCAUUCAUGAUCUAAUUCUUAAUAUGAUUUGACGAGAUUCGGGUGUGAUGAAUAGGGAUGGGAUGGACUUCACUUAUUUCAUUACUCUGCAUUCAUUUUCCUAUUUGUUCACAUCCUAUUAUAUUGUCUUAUUGAAAAUGGGAUACUUGCAUUGAUUCUCGGUUUUUGGCUUGUACGUUUCUCUUUCCUUUUACCGACGAAGUUAUAACGGUUGAACUUAUACUCUCAAGAUCGUUGUUUUAUUUUCCACAUCCUUUAUAUUCUCUUUUCUUAACUUCCCAUGGUGUAUUUGACUCAUGGUCCUUUUGAUUGGUCAUGAUAUUUUCAUUAAGUGAUAUUCUCCCCAAAAGAUAAUAGAGAAUAAUAA